GAGGAGGUGGAGGUGGUGCCGCCGCCUGCCAAGCGUGCCAGAGCCGAGACGUCCGGGCGCACGUGCCAGUUCUGCAGCAGCAAGAAGCAGGUGGCCGCCGGUUGCAAGAAUGUUGCCUGCAAAAAGUGUUGCCUGGCACGCGAGGGGGAGUGCAGCACCCAUCCGAAAGAGGUGGAAAAGCCCGAGCGGGCGGAGCCUGUCAAGCCCAAGAAGCCCGUGAUCAAGAACGAGUUCCGCGAGACCAAUUUCCACUACUACGGCGAGACCGUGACCAUCUUCUGCGUCAAGGACUUCUUCGAGAACAAGAAGCUGAGCCAGGGCGUGCUGAACGACCAGGGCCGGGCGGAGCGCGUCGGCGGCAAGGACUGGGGCCGCCGCAAGAAGAAAAACGCCGCCGACCCGCAGCUGAAGGAGCUCAUCCAGUGCGCACUGGGCAAGAAGCCAGCCCCCGCUGGCUACGGA